ACCCGUGGACACUAAAACCCACAUGUCCCAAUCAAUCACAACUUCAAAUCUAUCUCUUACAAAACACAACACGUGAUUUUCAGUUCUCUUGUCUGGUUCAUUCACUCAUCUACCAGGCCAUCUCUUUAAAAAAAAACCUCAAAGAUUGAUGAAACCCACAUCGAAAAAUCAAUCCUUUUAGUGAAAAUCUGUUUUCUUCUCCGGCGAAAAUCUCGGGCGGGUGUAACAGGUGAUUUCAUCACGGGUAUAUACGGGAUAAAAUCACGGCCAUUGAGCUCUCAUGUCCUCCUGAAGGGUUGUUUAGCCAUUGCUAAUCCUUCCCUGCACGGAGGACGUGGAGCUCUGCCGUCUGAAGGCGGCAGUCCUUCCGAUCUCCUCUUCCUUGCCGGAGGCGGUUCCAUUCUCACCAUUCACCUCUUCUCCUUUUUCUAGUUAGGUUUUUUUAAUUAGUUAAAUCUCGGGAGGGCUUUUGUCUUUUGUCUUUUUCAUUGAGAAUGUUGUUGAAGAUCAAAAGGGUUCCGACACUUGUGUCGAAUCACCAGAAAGAUGAGACAGCGGAAGAAGAAGAAGGCGAAGGCGAAGGAUGUGGUCGGAAUAUUCUUAGCAAGUGUUGUAUAAAUGGGGAAAGACUUCCUUUGUAUACAUGCAAACCUGCCGAAGAGAAUGUAACGUUCCUCGAAUCCGUACUUCUUGGAGAGUGGGAAGAUCGGUUUCAAAGAGGACUAUUUCGUUACGAUGUUACAGCCUGUGAAACCAAGGUUAUACCGGGGAAGUACGGUUUCAUAGCGCAGCUAAACGAAGGUCGUCAUCUCAAGAAGAGGCCAACAGAGUUCCGUGUUGAUCAAGUUCUUCAACCAUUUGAUGCUAACAAAUUCAACUUCACUAAAUUUUCUCCGGAAGAGUUGCUUUUCCAGUUUGAAGCUGGUAUGCCUUUAGACGCUGAUAAUUCUCCAAGCGUCGUUGCAAUCAAUGUGAGUCCGAUUGAGUAUGGACAUGUGUUGCUGAUUCCCCAAGUUCUUGGUUGCUUGCCUCAAAGGAUUGAUCACAAAAGCCUUUUGCUAGCUCUUCACAUGGCUGUUGAAGCCGCUAAUCCGCAUUUUCGGGUUGGGUACAAUAGUUUAGGUACAUUUGCUACCAUCAACCAUCUUCACUUUCAGGCUUACUACUUGGCAAUGCCAUUCCCAAUAGAGAAAGCUCAUUCGUUGAAGAUCAGUACCACCAAUGACGGCGUCAGAAUCUCAAAGCUCAUGAGUUAUCCUGUGAGAGGUCUUUUCUUUGAAGGUGGAAACUCCAUCAAAGAUCUCUCUGAUGCUGUAUCAAACGCAUCUGUUUGCCUUCAGAACAACAACAUUCCUUUCAACAUUCUCAUUUCUGAUUCCGGAAAACGGAUCUUUCUUCUCCUUCAGUGUUAUGCAGAGAAACAGGCACUAGGGGGAGUUAGCUCAGAGCUGUUGGAUACGCAAGUGAAUCCAGCGGUCCGGGAGAUGAGUGGUCACAUGGUCCUGAAGAGAAAAGAAGAUUACGAAGGAGCUUCGGAGGAGAAAGCGUGGAGUCUUCUUGCUGAAGUCUCUUUAUCAGAGGAGAGGUUCAAAGAAGUUAACACCAUGAUCUUUGAAGCAAUUGGUUGUAGUGGUGAAGAAGAAGAAGAAAACCUUGAAGAGGAGAGUUCGAUAAGAGUGAAUUGUUGCACUUUAGUGAAAGGAGACGUAUUUUGAAAUAAGCAGUCACUAAACUCUCUUGGCGAUUCUUGUGUUUGAACGUUUACAGGUUUUUUGUUUGUUUAUGAUGUUUAUUAGUUGCUUCCAUUAUUGGCUUGUUAAGUCUUUGGUCGUGUACUCAUCACCCUCACGAAAACUGGAGCAUCAGUUGUGUUUGGUUUGCAAUCUUAAUCCACGUUAUAAUUUGAAAAUGAAGUCAAAAUUAACUUUUGUUGACA